UCCAUUGUACGGGCUUCUCUGACGGAGUGCCGCGGUUAUUGAGCUACGGACUGUUAAAUUCGUGAUUUCCUCAAAGUUGCUUCAUAUUUUACAGCUGGUUGUCGCUUUUUUUAAAAGCUCAGAAUCAUACGAGUUUGUCCCGGGAAAGUUGCGGGUGUUUACAAGGACGGAUCUCCACCAUAGGAAUUUCUCCAUUAGCGGCAACUCAUCCACCUUGCUGUCUCCCGUUAGCACCGGAGCUAACCAGCGUUAGCCGCGGCGUGAAUCCGAAGGAGCUCCGCGGGAAUUAUGUCUUCAUCUCGGGGGGAUCGCGGUCCGAAAUAAGCCGGGAUCAAAAAACGAGCGGGGCUGCUAGCUCGCUGAGUAGCUGCGUAGCCCAGUUGGCUAGCUUGCUAACGCUAACGGUACCGGAUUGUCUUUCACAAAAGGGCGACGCGUGAACUUGAGACUCUGCAGCUCACUCAGCGCAGUGCUUUUUUAUUGUUUUUUAAUUGUCCGGACUGUCGUUGAAAAGGAUCCAAGAUGAACGGGUUCAGCACGGAGGAGGACAGCCACGACGGACCGCCCGCUCCGCCGUUCUACGGACAGAGCUGCUGCCUGAUCGAGGACGGGGAGCGCUGCGGCCGGUCGGCUGGAAACGCCUCCUUCAGCAAGAGGAUUCAGAAGAGCAUAUCCCAGAAGAAACUCAAGCUGGACAUCGACAAGAGCGUUCGACAUCUCUACAUCUGCGACUUCCACAAGAACUUCAUCCAGAGCGUCCGCAACAAGAGAAAGAGGAAGACCAGCGACGACGGAGGAGAGUCUCCGGACCACGACGUGGAGGUUCCAGAGGUGGACCUCUUCCAGCUGCAGGUGAACACGUUGAGGCGCUACAAGAGACACUACAAGCUGCAGACCCGACCCGGCCUCAACAAGGCCCAGCUGGCAGAGACGGUGAGUCGCCACUUCAGGAACAUCCAGGUGAACGAGAAGGAGACGCUGACCUACUUCAUCUACAUGGUGAAGAGCAGCAAGAGCCGGCUGGACCAGAAAGGAGACGGCGGCAAACCGCUGGACUAGAAAACCCCAAACCACCGCCACCGACUGACGGCAGCAACACAAAACCACCGAACUCCCGCCGUCCCGUUCAAACCGGACGAGGAGUCGGCCUCGUUUCCGACCACGGAGGAGCAGAUCCACCGAAAGAACGGUGUCGCGUCUCCGUACGAAGCUAAGCUGCCUUAAAGAAACGAAAUUGGGUCAAUUCUGGGAGAUCUUCUUCUGAACAACGCGACGGACGCUUGUGCCAAACAGGUUUUGGAACCGGAUGAUUUCUUUUUUAUUUGUUUUUUGGUGUUUUUUUUGGGGGGGGGGGUCUUUUUUUAUCAUAAAUAAAUGGAUUUCAUCGUCAGGACUCAGGUUCAGUCCAGGAAAACUGCAUCUUAAAACGGGAAGAUCUUCAAUAAUGUCGACUAAAAAGAGCCGAACUGAUCUUGGAGGACGUUUGAAGGCGGAUGACGCUUCUUCUUCUCUGCUUCUUUGUCUGUUUCUGUUAGUUUUUCUACGUACGAACACGAACUUCCUGGUCUGGUUGGUAGCUGCGUCCACUCUGUUUAGUUCGGCCUUCACUCUACUGGUUGUAUAAAGUUUCUGUUUUCUGUUUGUUUUCUGUCGUUUCCACAUGAAGUGAAAGUUGCGGGAGGAAUCCUCGGCGUCUUUUUAAUAUUUAAGAAUCGCAUCCAUUCGUCUGAUGGAUUUCCAGAAUGUUUUCCAGUUUAAAUGUGGCCGUCGGUUGCUGCAAAAGUCACGGUUUUAAUCAGAGUUGGUCGGUGAAAUCUUAAAAUUGCACAUUUUUUACUCCCUUUGCUUCCCAGAAAGCAGUAAAACGAGAACAAUUAGACUUUUUCAGGCAGUGAAAUAGUACUUUUUUGGUCAGAUUGGGUGUUUUAGAGCUCAAAAAGCUCCAAAAAUGUUCAUCACGAUGCUUUGUUUAAACUUUUAAGGCACUGCUGAGGCUCCCGACGACGUUUUACCCCCUCACGCUUUGGGUUCCUCUGCUUCACCACACCGACUCCUUUUACUUUCAUUUUAACGUGUCUGUUUUGAGUUUUGCUCGUAGGUCUGUUAGCGUCUGUAGAUAAAACUCAUCUUUAUUAACGUCUAGGUCGCUCCACAUUAACCUGAUUGUUGUAUUAGAAAACAGAAAAACAUAUUUAAGUCUGGCUGCUUCUUGCUCCUAAUAAUAUUAAUAAAUGUAUUGUACAGGC